AUGGUGGUACCCGCGGCCCGGGUCUUCCUGAGGGUGGCGUUUAUGGCUCUCACUUCCACCAUCCUGGGUCUACUCUGCCUCACUGUGGUAGGCGUCCCGCGUGGCCUCGCCUCUGGUCGCCUGCCCCGUGCGGCCCAGCGUGUCCCCGCGGGACCCGGAUCCGGGCGACUUCGCUGCGAACUGCCAGGAGAGCCUAGAGAUUUUUGUUGUAAAACACUCAGGGGAAUGACUGUCACUGGACAGACACACCGCCGCUGGCAUGAUGUGAAGCCUCGCUGUCACUCGGGAAGGAAGGAGAAAGCCAAGGACUGCUGGCUCGGGAGCAGUUAUCAGCGCAGUUGCCUUCUGAGCUGGAAUGGGAGAAAACGGGCGGGCAAGCGAGGCAAGCCCCGAGGAACUGCCUCGACAGCGAGAGCACUUGCAGCAAUUGUGUGGGCCAUGUGCAUUUCCAGAUUUAAGUGGCCGCUGCUCUUAGAACAAGGCGGCGUGGACGUCCGCCUUUUGAGAACCCUGGUUCCCCGAGAGGCCAAGAGCUGAGAAACGUCAGAAAUGCGGCCAGGACUCCAGGGCUACCCGGGAGAGCCGCAGCCGCGGGC